CUGCGAGGGGCGUCCGCCGCCUCCUUGGCGGGCAGCCCUCCGCCCCGGAGCGGCGGCUGGCUCAAAGCUACCGGGUCCUUUCGGGAGGCAUGUCCCCCUGCGGUACCAAAAGUUGUAACUUUUGCAAGACUUGUGACAUGAAGUAGGACAACCAGCAUUUUGAAGAGCUCUGUCAUAAAUACGGCUGUAUCUCUGAACAUUGGUGGAUUUACUGGAGAGUCUUCCCAAAGCCUCCUCGAAUCAGAACCUGUAAACUUUCUAAAAGCUUCAUAAUGGAGUUCUUAGUAUCCAAAGGAGAUUAUAUUAGAUACUUCAAAAGAUCUUUAUUGCUCAUUUUAGUAUGUGUCAUAGUUCUUGUGUGCACUGAUCAGGACUACUAUAGUUUACUUGGAGUAUCCAAAGAAGCAAGUAGUAGAGAAAUACGACAGGCAUUCAAAAAACUGGCAUUAAAGUUGCACCCUGAUAAAAACCAGAAUGACCCAAAUGCACAUGAAAAUUUUUUGAAAAUAAAUAGAGCAUAUGAAGUACUUAAAGAUGAAGAUCUACGGAAGAAGUAUGAUAAGUACGGAGAGAAAGGUCUUGAAGAUCAGCAGCAAGGAGGUCGUUAUGAAAGCUGGCACUAUUAUCGCUAUGAUUUUGGUAUUUAUGAUGACGAUCCUGAAAUUAUAACAUUGGAUAGAGGAGAAUUCGAUGCUGCUGUUAACUCAGGAGAACUGUGGUUUGUGAAUUUUUAUUCUCCUCGAUGCUCCCACUGCCACGAGUUAGCACCUACGUGGAGGGAGUUUGCCAAGGAGAUGGAUGGAGUAAUACGCAUUGGAGCUGUCAACUGCGGAGAUAAUAGAAUGCUUUGUCGAAUUAAAGGGAUUAACAGCUAUCCCAGUCUGUAUGUUUUCAAAACUGGAAUGCAACCAGUGAAAUAUUAUGGAGACAGGUCAAAAGAGAGCUUAAAGAACUUUGCCAUGCAAUAUGUUACAAGCACAGUCACUGAGUUAUGGGCAGGAAACUUUGUUAAUGCCAUUGAAACUUCAUUUGCUUCUGGUGUUGGUUGGCUGAUCACCUUCUGUGCUGAACGCGGGGAUUGCCUGAGUUACCAAACACGCCUUAAGCUAGCUGGCAUGUUGGAAGGUCUUGUUAAUGUAGGCUGGAUGGACUGUGGCACCCAGGGUGAGCUUUGUGAUAAUUUAGAUAUCUCAUCUAGUACUACAGCAUACUUUCCACCUGGAGCCACCAUCAUCAACAACAAAGAGAAAGGAGGCGUUUUGUUUCUUAACUCCUUGGAUGCCAGAGAAAUAUAUCAGGAAGUAAUGCAGCAUCUGCCAGACUUUGAAAUUAUCUCUGCAGCAUCAUUAGAGGACCGUCUGGCUCAUCACCGAUGGCUGCUUUUCUUCCAGUUUGGGGAGAGUGAUAAAUCAAAUGUACAGGAAUUUAAGAAACUUAAAUUUUUACUUAAAGAUGAACAUAUUCAGGUUGGCAAGUUUGACUGUCUUUCCUCACCAAGCAUCUGCAACAAACUAUAUGUCUAUCAGCCUUGUUUAGCAGUCUUCAAAGGAAAAGGAACUGGAGAUUAUGAAAUUCAUCAUGGAAAGAAGAUCUUAUAUGACAUUGUUGCAUUUGCCAAAGAAAGUGUCAACUCUCAUGUUAUCACACUGGGACCUCAGAAUUUUCCUGACAAAGAGAAGGAACCAUGGCUUGUGGAUUUCUUUGCACCGUGGUGUCCUCCUUGUCGAGCUUUGUUACCAGAGCUGAGAAAAGCAUCAAAACAUCUUUAUGGUCAGCUUAAAUUUGGAACACUAGACUGUACUGUCCAUGAAGGGCUUUGCAACAUGCAUAACAUUCGAGCUUAUCCAACAACAGUUGUGUUCAAUCAGUCUGAUGUUCAUGAAUAUGAAGGACAUCACUCCGCUGAGCAGAUCUUGGAGUUUAUAGAGGAUCUUAGGAAUCCAUCGGUGCUCUCCCUAACACCAGAGACAUUUGUUGAAUUAGUUCAGAGAAGAAAACGAGAGGAAAUCUGGAUGGUUGACUUCUAUGCUCCAUGGUGUGGACCUUGUCAGGCUUUAAUGCCAGAAUGGAAAAAAAUGGCCAGGAUGCUAAAUGGAUUAAUCAGUGUAGGCAGUGUGGAUUGUCAAAAAUAUUAUUCUUUCUGUCACCAAGAAAGUGUUCGGGGAUAUCCUGAAAUAAGACUCUUCCCUCAAAAAUCAAACACAGCUCAUCAUUAUUAUAGCUACAAUGGAUGGCACAGAGAUUCAUAUUCACUGAGAGGCUGGGCACUGGGAUAUUUACCACAACUGUCUAUAGACCUGACUCCUCAGAGUUUCACAGAAAAAGUUCUGAAUGGAAAAGAUCACUGGGUCAUUGAUUUUUAUGCUCCUUGGUGUGGACCUUGCCAAAAUUUUGCUCCUGAAUUUGAGAUCCUUGCAAGGACUGUUAAAGGAAAAGUAAAAGCUGGAAAAGUAGACUGUCAGGCGUAUGCUCAGACCUGUCAAACUGCUGAUAUCAGAGCCUACCCUACUGUUAAGUUUUACCCCUACCAAGGAACAAAGAAAAAUGUUCUUGGGGAAUACAUAGACAGCAGAGAUGCAAAAGGUAUUGCUGACCUGUUGAAUGAAAAAUUAGAAGCAAUUCAAAAUAAAGGAAAAAGAAAAAAAUCUAGAAAUAAGGAUGAACUCUAAGUGGUACUGGAGGUAAACACAAUUAAAAAUAUUCUGAAGCUGUGAAUAUAGAAGACAUCAUGAGGAAAAUAUAAGGCUGAUUACAUUCAUGACAGGACAAGAGAGAUGAAAACUAGUUUGAGUUCAUGGGCAUAUGCGACUGUAUGAAUUCUGUUAAACUGUGGGGAGAUGAAAGCAUUUUGGUUUUGGUGGAAGCAUUCAAUGUUUCUGCAAAUGAAUUCUGCAUAUCCCUUUUCUGAUAUACCAACUACCUUCUUCCUAGUCAAACAUUGGAAUUGACCAGAAAUGUGGACUUCUAUCACUUUUGCCUACCCAUUUACUGGUUCCUUAUAUUUUUCCGUCUCUUUUCAAACACUUUUUGAAUGUGGCACUCAGCCUGUGGCUGAAUAUGCACUCAAACCACUCUGCAAUGCAGAAACACAAUGAGGCAUUGUCUAUUUGAAAGACAAACAGUUUUACCUGAUGAUUACUCAUUUUGCUUUGGGGUUGCAUUAUUGUCUAGUCAAUUGUUAAGAAAAAAAAUCAAGAACUGGUGGCAGGAUAGGUUUCUUGAAUUACAUUGCUCCUGCCCUUGUAUGGAUUACUAUAUUGUGGCACUGGUGGUGGUGCCCAGAUGAACAGAACUUUGAAGAGCUUCUUUAGUUGUUUUGUCUGGGUUUUGUCUUUUUUUUUUUUUUUUUAAAAAAAAAAAAAAAAAAAAAAAAAAAAACCAACAAAAAACCAAGGACUUCAAACUCAGUGUUUCAUUGACUUUCAAAAUUUAAGUUAUGCCAUAGAAGCAUCUGCUUAAGUUAUUAGGUCAUAACUUUAUUAUUGUCUCUUUAAAUAUGAAUGUAUUCUGUGGACAUACUUAACCUCUUUUGGUAUUACCACUCUUCCUUUCUCUGCAGACAUUUUGGGUGUUUUGUUUGGUUUUUUUAUAUAAUCUUUAGGCAAGCAGGAUAGGAAGUGCCUUUUUUAAUUUAAUAAUGAACACUGUACAUUGCAAUGUCUCCUCAUACAUCUUAAUAGAACUUCCACUCUUAAUGGUAAUAUUUUUCAUAGCUUCUCACUAGACAAAAAAAUUUACAGAAGACGACAAAAUGUCUGCUGCAUUUAGGAGUUCAACAUUGAAAUGUUUCAUGUUUUCAAUAAAAUGCUGCUGAGAACUUGUCAGAUUGACUUUUUUCCCUGCUUUCCAUGUAUUUAGAUUUAGCAUGACUAGUCACUGUAGCAUAGUAUUAUAAAUUUGUAAAUAGGUUGUUAUCUACGAGUAAUUUAUUUUAUAAAGAAGGCAGAAAGAAAUAAAAGGAAGAGAUUGUAGUAACUUUGAGACAUUCAAAUGCUUCUUCCCCUAUGUUCAGGGUUGCCUCUAUUGCUUUGUGGUUUUGCGGUGUAUUAAUCUGAGAAAGAAGAGAAUGUAUUGCAUCUAUUUUUUAAUAAAAUAGACCUUCCCAAAGCAAACUUCAAACUCAAUCACAGUAAAAAAAAAAGUGAAAAUUUUGGUAUUUUGUGACUUUAAUACAAACUCUGUUUUGGUCAGUUUUUGCAUGUAUGUUUAACUAACUUCAGUUCCCACCUCCUACCUUCUUCCUGGAGAAUGAGGUCAUGGUUACAUGCUCAAGGAUCCUACUGUUAAAAAUCUAAUCCAAAAUAACUGACCGUAGGUAUUUGUACAGUUUAUUCUUUAUUCCUGUUAAUGUACAGUUUCUCUCUUAUUUCUGUUAACAGGAACAGACUAGUAGGACAAAAAAAAAAAAAAAGUGCUUCACAGUAGUCUCCUCCCUAAGAUCAUGGUAACAGAAGAACUUUCUGGCUUUACUAUGGCUCUAUUAAUACUUCAGCUUUUUGUAAAGUUACUUUGUCACUUCCUUCUGGUUUAGUCACUUGAAGCAUAUAGAUAACUACUAUGAAAAGACAACACUACUAUCCUCAUUACACUGACUUUUGUCAGGGCUACCGGAUUUGAAACUCAUUUAGGCUGUGACAAACAUGAUUUAGUUUAAAUAUCAAUAAAGUUCAUUUUUAAGAUUUAA